AACAACAACAGCAGCAGCUGUUAGCAUGUAGCAUGUAGCAUGUAGCAGACAGACUGUCAGGUGAGUUUAUCAUUUUUUUGGGCCGCGUGCUCCAGCACAGGUGUGUCACCUGGUGUUCUGCUCUUUAAUGUUACCGUCACAAACGUGGCUCGCACGUGUCGGGCUGAAAGGAGCUGACGUCAACGUGAGCUCAGAGCUGAAGCGUCAAACAGUCGUGGGCCCCUAACUUUUCCCCCCCUUUACGGCGCCCCUGCUUGUGAAUGUCGACCAGGUGUCAUUGACCAGGUGUAAUUAUGGCGGACGACCCUCAGAGGAACUUCCGCUCUGCUUACUACGAGAAGGUCGGCUUCAGAGGAGUGGAGGAGAAGAAGUCUCUGGAGAUUCUGCUCAAGGACAAUCCUCUGGAUCUAGAAAAGCUGAGCACCUUCAGUCAGAGGUUCCCCCUCCCCUCCAUGUACAGGAUCCAUGUGUGGAAGGUAUUAUUGGGUAUCUUACCACCACACAGUGACUCUCACACUCUGGUCGGAGGCUACAGGAAGGAGCAGUACCAGGACAUCCUGGAGGCUCUGGAGGUGAUGAGAUACAUCAACUCUUCCACGCCGUCCACCCACGUCUACCUGCGCAUGUUUCAGCUGGAGAGCCAGGUGCUCCCACGGUGCUCCGAGACCUCCCCGCCGGACGAAGAGAACGAGGACUUCCUCUCCAUCAGUCGGGCCAUGGAGGAGAUCGUAGACGAUCCCAUCGACUGCUAUUGGCUGAUCAAGUGUUUCGUCAAUCAGUUCCACAUGAAGUUUGGAGACUCUGUGCCACAUCUGCCAAAGAGCCUGGAGCAUUAUCUGAGUCAGGAGGAGCCUCGACUGCUGAACCAUCUGAAGAACAGCGGCGCUCUGGCUCAGCUGCCGUACGGCCUCUGGUUCAGACGCUGCUUCGCUGGCUGCCUGCCCGAAUCCAGCCUGCAGAGGGUGUGGGACAAGGUGAUCAGCGGCUCCUGUAAGAUCCUGGUGUUUGUGGCCCUGGAGAUCCUGCUGAGCUACAAGAUCAUGCUGAUGGGCAUAAACCGGCCCGAAGGCGUGGUCAAGUUUCUGUGUAAUAUUCCUCAAGAAAACACGGACGCCAUCGUGACGAAAGCCAUCGACUUGUGGCACAAAUACUGCGGCACCCCGAUGCACGCCGUGUAGCCACGCGCCUGGAGGUGAACUGCUUUCCCCCGGGUGCGUACCAGAACUUGCUCUUAACUCCACCGAGAGACUAACUUCGGCGUCAGCUGGGAUUCGUCUCUGCAUGACUGAACCGAAAACUCAUCACAGGCGACUUUGAAUUAAGCCCGGAGAGGACGAUUCCCCGCUGAUAAACAAGAACACUGGAGACAUGGACUGCUCAUCAACGUGAACGCACAAGAAGACAAAGAAGCAUAAACUUAUUUUUUAAUAAGUUUCUUUCUUUAAGAAACUGCAUACAUCAUAGAAGACACACAAUAAAUUAAUACUCACAUGCAGUUUUUUCU